AAACAGCCAGACUGAGACUGACGAGCGUCUGCAUCCUCAGUCCCUGCAGCUCAUCUGAAACAGCAUGGACAGCGGCGGGAGGAAAGUGGUCGUCUGUGACAAUGGGACGGGGUUUGUCAAGUGUGGUUUUGCUGGCUCCAAUUUUCCCGAUCACAUCUUCCCAGCCCUGGUGGGACGUCCCAUCAUUCGGUCAGAUACAAAAGUUGGGAAUAUAGAGAUCAAGGAUCUGAUGGUUGGUGAAGAGGCGAGUGAAUGCCGCUCCAUGCUGGAGGUCUCGUACCCCAUGGAGAACGGGAUAGUCCGCCGCUGGGAGGACAUGCUGCACCUGUGGGAUCACACAUUCGGCCCGCAGCGGCUCAACAUCAACCCUCCCGACUGUAAGGUCCUGCUGACGGAGCCGCCCUUGAACCCGCUGAAGAACCGACAGAAGAUCGCCGAGGUCAUGUUUGAGACCUACAAGUUCCACGGCAUCUACAUCGCCAUUCAGGCCGUGCUGACUCUCUACGCUCAGGGUUUGUUGACCGGUGUGGUGAUCGAUUCGGGAGACGGUGUGACUCACAUCUGUCCUGUUUAUGAGGGCUUCUCUCUGCCUCACCUCACGCGCCGCUUAGACAUCGCAGGACGAGACAUCACACGCUAUCUGAUUAAGCUGCUGCUUCUGCGAGGCUACGCCUUCAACCACACGGCGGACUUCGAGACGGUGCGGAUGAUGAAGGAGAAACUGUGUUUUGUUGGCUACAACAUUGAGCAGGAACAGAAACUGGCCAACGAGACCAGCGUCUUGGUGGAGUCCUACACAUUACCAGACGGGCGGACGAUAAUGGUGGGAGGCGAGAGGUUUGGUGCGCCAGAGGCUCUUUUCCAGCCUCAUCUCAUUAACGUGGAGGGUGUUGGUGUGGCCGAGCUGCUCUUCAACACCAUCCAGGCAGCAGACAUUGACACCAGGUCGGAGUUCUACAAGCACAUCGUCCUGUCUGGAGGAAGCACCAUGUACCCGGGACUUCCUUCCCGUUUGGAGCGCGAGAUCAAGCAGCUGUAUCUGGAGAGAGUGCUGAAGGGAGACACUGAGAAACUUUCUAAAUUUAAGAUCCGCAUCGAAGACCCUCCGCAGCGCAAACACAUGGUGUUCAUGGGAGGAGCGGUGCUGGCCAACAUCAUGAAAGACAAGGAGUCCUUCUGGCUCUCGAGAGCCGAGUACGAGGAGAGAGGCCUGAAGGUGCUGGACAAACUGGGAGGAGCGCUGAGAUGAGACGCUUUAUCACUGCAGACAUCUGAGGAGUUCAUAUAAGGCUGGUUACAGGUUUUAAUGUAGAGCUCAAACACUACCUAGCUAUCAAAAUAAUGAUCAAAUAAAUACUCAUUGGGUUAUUAUAGUGAACUGAAACUAAAACGACAAAAAAUUUGUCAUUACUUGAAUUAAAAUAAACUCUACUGGAAAAAAAAAACUGUUGCUAAGUCAACAUUUCUCAUUUUCAUUUAGUUGAUCUUCAUGUACUAAAAUAACUAAAAUGAAUGGAAACAAAUAUAUUUGAAAAAUAAUAAUAAAAAUGACAAAGAUAAACUAAAAUUAAAACAGAUAAUAUAAUAUAAAAACUAAUUCAAAAUAUGAAUAAAAACUAUAAUAAUAUCUCAAUAAUACUAAAAUAACCCUCAUACUUUAGACUUCUUACCAUAUUGAUUAUUUCAAAUAAGACAAAAUAUUAUUACUGCUGUCUUACUAAACUAAAACACCAAACUUUAUAAUUUUAAAAAUAAAAAUAAAGCAUUUUUACUCUAUUUAUGAACUGUUUUUCUUUCGAUUUCUUCAGAUUUAACUAACUCCUGGAGACUUUCGACCAAGCAAAUUUGUCAUCAAAGUAUACAUUUAAACAUUUUGAAUGAAGUUGAAAUAAAAUAUAAAUAUUAGAUGAAAAGGUUAAACCUAAAAAAAAAUAUAAGAAAAAAAACUUGAAUUACAUAAAUUAAAAAUUAAACUAAUACUGAAAUAAAAAUUUAAGCUCUCUCUCUCUCUCUCUAAGAUGAAAAUACCUAAAAUGAAUAUAAACUAAGCAAAACCAAACUAAGACACAAAAUGUUAUGUUUUGGAAAUAACAAAUAAAAUAUUUUUCUUUAUUAGUUUUUAAUUUUAAACCAGUUAUUGUUUUGUCAGAUUUAACUAUCUGGAGACUUGAGACUUUUAUCCAAGCCAAUUCUGACCUUGAAGUAUAAAUUUAAAUCACAUCAUGUAAAGAAAUGUAAUUAAAUAAAUGGCAAAUUGAAACUAAAGACAUUGAGAGAAAAGUUUGACCUGCCUAAACAUUUUUUUUUUUUUACAUAUUAAAAUAGAACAAUAAAAGUCAUUUGUUGAAAAUGAAUAUUUCUUAUUGUUAUUUUUCCAACCAAUCCACCAAAUAUAACUCAAAUCAGAAAAAGAGCUGCAAAACUACUACAUUAUACUACUGUAAGUUGCUGUUGCCAUCUAGUGGACUACAAAGACUACAAACUUACUAAUGCUGAGGUUAAUGUGAGUGUAUAAAACAGCAAACAAUAAUCCAUAAUAAUCCAUAAUCCAACCAGCGGCUCCAGAGAGACAGAUGUCAGGCGUUUGCAUUCAUAAUACUGUAUGUUUAAUACUGCAUGUCAGUGAACAAGCGUACAGCACCGUUCCCUAGGCAGUAAACAUUCAGAGAAAUUAAUCUGAGCGUGAUGAUGCCAUAUGAAGCAUAUUGUUCAUCCAUGCAUCACAAUGAACCGCAUCACAAACGAACGCAUGCAUCGGCCACGAGUUCAACUGAUCCAGCAAUAAAAAGCAUCAAAGCUGAACUGAAGUCAUAACCAGAGCCCCGUGAAUCAUAGAAUAAGCAUUACAUUAUAGUUGCACAGUUCACUGUAGAAAGAAAGCAUUACAACGUCACAUUCAGAGUCAGAGUGAAAGCGGCGAGAGAGCGUUUGGCGGGAGAUUCGCAGGAAACGCUGCCGUGUGUGUGUCUCUACACAUCCAGUGAUGGACUGAACUCUGCUGCAUGCGAAGGAAAAUCAUUCAAAAAUGAAAUAUUUGCAUAUUAUUCCCAUACAUCACCAUUACAUUUUCAUCGGUUAUAUAGUGUUAGAAUUAACUAAAAUGAACCAAAAUAUCAGACAUUUUGACACUGAUGUUCAAGCCUGAAAAAAUAUUAGUAAUACAAAGAAAUAUACAUAUAGCUAUAUGAGUUUAUUAGCAAAAACAGAUUACUAGUUUUGAUUCAUUUUCAUAAAUCAUGUUUUUUAUUGUGUUGUCAUGUUUUGAUUGUGUUAGCUGUAUUUUGUAGUUACUAUUAUUUAAAAAAAAACAAAAAAAAACAAGGCAGUUUGAUAUUAAUUGCAAUGCAGGAUAAAAAACAAACAAACAAACAAAAAACAAUCAUGAUUUUUGAACAUUUUUAAAAACAGUUAUCUGUUUUUGCAAACUAACUCUUCACACACACACACACACACAUACACACACACACACACACACACACAUACAAACAAUAUAUUUUACUUGGAGUUGAACAGCAGUGCAAAAAUGUCCCAAAAAUAAAUAAAAAAGUAAAAAUUAAUUCAAUUAAAAUGCAAAAAAUUAUGUGAUUGCAUUUUAAAUUAUAUUUGCAUUCAUUUAAAAAUGAAUUUGUAAUUUUUUAUUUUUUAUAUUUUUUUAAUAUUGUAAGGCACACAAAACUAGUGAUACUAC